UCCAGUUAUAAGCCUUCACCUCAAAAUGGGAACCCUAAGGAUGCAAUUCUGCCUAGUCUUCUGCGGACUUCUUGCGUCAGGGAUCUUGUCUGUUUCCUCAGCAAAUGAAAGUAGUAAGGCGUCAGCUAUAGGUGACGAUGACAGUUUAGGACUUUCUGGUAAUAUGAUGCUUCAGGGGGGUUUCUCCAAAGAAGAUACAGCCUUCCCACCAAACGAACUUGAAGACGGAACGUCCGAAAAUGAAGAUGAAUCCCCCAAACGCGGGUUUGAUCGUAUUUCCCACAGCAGCGGCAUUGGGAAUUUUCGGAAACGGGCGUUUGAUCGAAUUGGUCAUAGCACCGGGAUGGGCAGCUUAUAUAAGAGAGGGUUUGAUCGUAUAGGGCAUGCGUCGGGUAUGGGAAGUUUGUAUAAAAGAGGAUUUGAUCGCAUUGGACACUCUACCGGAAUGGGCAGUUUGUAUAAAAGAGGAUUUGAUCGCAUUGGACACGCUACCGGAAUGGGCAGUUUGUAUAAAAAAGGAUUCGAUCGCAUUGGACACGCCACCGGAAUGGGCAGUUUGUACAAAAGAGGAUUUGACCGCAUUGGACACGCUACCGGAAUGGGCAGUUUGUACAAAAGAGGAUUUGACCGUAUUGGACAUAGUUCUGGAAUGGGUAGCUUGUACAAACGUGCUUUUGAUCGUAUUGGACACAGUACUGGCAUGGGAAGUUUGUACAAACGCUCAUUUGACCGCAUUGGGCAUAAUUCAGGAAUGGGUGCCCUUUACAAGAGAGAAGACGAUGACACGUCCUCUGCAUUAAACGGGAUUUGGGAAGACGCCGAGAUAGAGCCAUCAGAAGAAAGAAGCAACGAGUAAAGGUCCCGUCUAACGUCCCAGGCCAUUUCUAGACAAUCUAAACAAUACUAUGUGAGAAUAUGUACGACCGAUGCCGUUACCUGAAAAGGAGAACAAUGUCCAAAGAAGAAGAAUUACAUUUGUUAAGCUUAUUAAAAGCUUGGCUAUAAUUACACCUUUCAAAACCAAAAAUGAAUUUGGACCCGAUAUUUUCAAUUUUUCUCUCCUCCUCUAAGUUUGUUUUAAUAUUUCAGCGUAUACCAAAACAUUGUCUUAUAUAAACGGUUAGCAAACUGACCGGUUACAUGUAUUUGUUCUUAACAUUAUUGGUCAAAUAACAACAUAUGUUGAAAAUGUGGCCUGGAACGUGUAGAGCACUAAGAUUAUAAUCAGCCAUACAUGAAUGUAUAUAACUGGACGUUUACUGAUUAUGAUUUCCAACACUAUUGUUAUAUCUUCUAAAGCUAUACGUAUUUCCAUUUCGUACCUUUCCACACUCUUCAGCGUUAUAGGCUGUGUUAUUAAUAUAAUUUUGCUGAGUCUUUCCCGCCUUUUGGGCACAGAAAACACUGAAAUAAAUCUACAUUGCAGCAAUCUGAAUGAUUUCGUUACCACUUGUCAUCUGCACACUACACAGCAUGCGGUGUGUCUGAAAAUUGCCGAUAACCUUAUUGUUUCGUUAAAGUAAAUUAAGUUUUACUAAGUGAAUAACCGUAAAGCUGAUUUAUUGUAUACUUUUAAAUAUCACUUAUUUAAAAUGUAUGUCUGUUAUAUUAUGUUUUGUAACACACGUAUAUACAGUAAAAUAUUAAGGCGCAUUGAGCUCUGGUUUCCAACUGCAACGAAAACUUUACCCGAUUCCCCUGGGACCGCAUGUCAAGCUAACUAGGAGCAAGUAUAGGGUACCAUAAAAGAAACGCAUAGGUGAAAUUUGUAAUUUUCCGCAGUGAGAAAACUCAUUCAACGAUGACACCAGACGCCAAGUGGACGUUUAUGUCAAUAUCUGAUGUCACCUAUACGUUUUUUAUUGUUAUUUUGGGGGAGUAUAUUAUUUAGACAACCUACAAUGAGUACAGAGAUAUGUUUUGUUGAUGUGGAAACCCUCUGUACAGCCAGCAAUGGUAUAAGGAAACCUUAUGUUUGUAUGUUAGCACACUGUGCACUCGCCACUGGUAAAUGUAAUAUAUUUUGUUGAUGUAACAGCUUUGCGUUAAAUUAUGUGAUUAUGGAACUAGCAGAUCUUGCUUUAUGGGCAUGUUUCUCUUGUCACCUGAAUGAGCCGUUCGUGAUGUAAGUAAUAUAUAAUAAACUGACAAACACUCCAAGUGAGUGGCAGAUUAUUGUAUUUUAAGAAACUCCUAUUUCAAAAUAACAGAAUCAAGGAGGCAAGUAACAUUGGAAUAAGUAAAGCCAUUUGAAGUCUGAGAAGUCCGUUUUCCACAGGAACAUUGGAGAUCGAUCUUGGAUCCUUGUGCAUGCCUUAGAAACUAGGAGACUUGAAAUUUAUUUUGCACCCAAAGAGGAUGUCUUCUGUACAGUGAGCGAACUAGACGAUUCCUAUACAAGGGAAGUUACUCGUGCCUGCAUUCGGCAAAGUGUCAGGACUCAAACGAAAUGUAAUUAAUAUAACCCUAGUCAAUAAUAGAAAUCUUAUUUUGGUUUGUUCUUUUUUGUUGUUCAUUCAUUUAUUUGUUUGUAUGUUUACUGAUUUACA